UGUGGUGGUAGUUAGUUAAACAUGGUGAUGAGACUAAGUCACAAGCUUGAUUUUAUACUCUUGGUACUUUCUGUUGUUGAUUUCCGUUCAGCGGCCGGAGCGGCGCCGCCGUUGUCGGGGCGGAAUGAGUAUAUAUCAGCCAUAGGUGAUCCUGGUAUGAAAAGAGAUAAUCUUAGAGUGGCCAUUGAGGCAUGGAACCAAUGCAAUGAGGUUCAUAAAGAAACAAAUGGCAUGGGCAGUCCUAGGAUGGCUGAUUGCUUUGAUCUUGAUCACUCUCAAUUCCCAGCCAGGUUGGUGCACAAAGUAGAUGAGAGAGAGAACAAGCUUGGUAUAAUGAAUGGGUCGUGGGGUGGGAUAGUUGCGAGUAAUGUAGAUGUAUAUGCAGCAAAAAAGGAGAUAUAUUUAGGUAAGAAAUGCAACGUACAAGAUAAUCCGAGGCCAUGGCAGUUUUGGAUGAUCAUGCUUAAAAGUGGCAACAUGGAUACUACGGCAGCUAUCUGCCCGAAAAACGGAAAGAAAUCGGAUCCGUUCCCGCCAGAGUCGAGAUUUCCGUGUUUCGGGGAAGGGUGUAUGAACAUGCCCUUGAUAUACCAUGACUACACACAAUAUGUUGAAGGAAAUAAUAAUAAUAAUGGGAUAUUAAAAGGGAGUUUUUAUGGGACAUGGAACUUAAAUAAGGAAAUGAAGGAGAAUGGGGUUUCAUUUUUCAAUGUGACUUGGGAAAAACAGAUUGAAACAGGAAGUUGGUCGUUUCAUCAUUACUUGCAGACCUCAGCAGAUUAUCCAUGGUUGAUGCUCUACUUGAGAUCAGAUGCUACAACUGGAUUCUCCGGAGGAUACCAUUACCAGACUCGAGGGAUGUCUAAAAUAGUUCCUAAGUCGCCUCAUUUCAAGGUGAGAUUCAGACUAGAAGUGAUAAGAGGAGGAGGUAACCAGAGCCAAUUUUACCUAAUGGACAUGGGAGGAUGCUGGAAAAACAAUGGAAAAGCUUGCAAUGGGGAUGUGACAACAGAUGUUACCAGAUACAGUGAAAUGAUCAUAAACCCCGAAACUCCGUCAUGGUGCCACCCGAAUGAUCUCAAACUCUGCCCACCUUAUCACACAUUUCCUAACGGAACUCGAGUUCAUCGCUCCGACCGAGACCGCUAUCCUUACGAUGCUUACCAUGUGUGGUGUGCACCAGGCAAUGCCUUGUUCCUUGAGCAGCCUUAUAGUGCGUGUGAUGCAUAUAGCAAUCCUCAACCUCAGGAGAUUUUGCAGAUUCUUCCUCAUCCUGUGUGGGGUGAUUAUGGCUAUCCCACAAAUAAGGGCGACGGGUGGAUAGGAGAUCCAAGAUUAUGGGAACUUGAUGUUGGUAGACUAUCUCACUCCCUCUACUUUUACCAGGAUCCUGGCACUAAACCUGCGGCGAGACACUGGCCAUCAAUUGAUUUGGGAACAGAGAUAUAUAUUAGCAGCAACCAGAAAGCUGAAUGGAUUGUUAGUGAAUUUGACAUUAUUGUUCCAAAAAACACUAUGUGAUUUUUAUUUUUACUUUUUGCAACUUUUUAACUGUUUAUAGGAUUACUUUUGUGAUAUAGUGUAGUUGUAACAAAAUUCAAAUGGGCAAUAGACAACUAAAGGUACCUAAACUAUCGUUAUAUUUCAUUUU